UAUGGGCUUCGUGGUAGGCUUACCACGGACGAUCAUGAACUAUGACGCAAUUUGGGUUGUUGGAGCUACUGGUGUUUGAAGAAAAUGAUGAACCAGGAGCCCACCACUCGAUUUGUCACCAUCUCCCACGUGUGGAUAGAGUUGAGUGGAGUCUGUCAAGUCACAACACAAGUGGGUGACUUGACAGACUCAUCAUAAUCCUAAGAUAUGACACCGGAUCCCGAACGACAACUGCCUGAGCGCCCAAGCUAACGCUGGAUCCCGAACGACAGAUCCAUCCCGAACGGUAGAAAAGUUUUGGGGCAUGAGAACUGCUCCUCAGCUAGGACCUGCCAUCGACGUUGCUCCAGACUUCAUUUGAGGGAAGUUGGCGUUUACCGGACGGAAGUAUGCAGAACCAGUCCGUGAUGGAAGCUCCUCUGCCUAUUCAUUUUGACAAUUAACCAGAUGAGAACAUGGACAGUCCUGUACAGGAGGUUACUCGAACGAGCUCCAAAGCAUUAGCAGUCCUGUGAGAGAAAUUACACGAACGACCUUUAAAGGAAAAUUUUUUAUUCGGCCAGGAGUUGCGGCUACCGGGUAUGACAGCAGAAAGCAACUCCAGAUUUUCUAAGAGACUAAAACUCCCGAACGGGAUACCCGGUGAACGCCCAGCUCCCCACUCUUGAAUGGUGAAUCGUCACUCCUCACUGGACGAACAGUAUCUACUGACCAAGUCUAAAACAUGUAUCUUGUCGAACGACAGUGACCGUCCAACCUUUGACGACCUUUCAGAUCAACGAGAAACAAAGCUAAUUUCCCUAGAUAAGUCUAGAGGAAAUCAUGCAGCAGGCCAUGGAGGAAGCAGAAAGUGCCGAAAUGCUGACCGUCUUCUGGACGAGUAGAUCUCAGCCGACCAGGCGACUAGGCACAUCCACCGAACGUAGAGCUUCAGGUUAUUCACCGUCUGGAUCGAUCCCAGCAUCACGCCGUCCGGAUGCACACCGUCCAGCCUUCUGCCGACCGGUAGUUCCCCGAUCGGCACUUCCGCGUGGAGUGUCUGGACUUCGUCUUUGGUCAUACUCUAACUGGCCGUUAAAGGACUUGCACGAGGGGUUGGAAUGGCUUUUGAAUUCUCGAUCGUCCAAAUGUGAAGGGGCAUUGAUACGGGCCAGUAGUUGACUAGGCUGCUAAACAAUAUGGGCCGAACUAAAAUCCAUAAGUUCCCUUACUUAUGGGGCUGGGGCAUGCUCUUGAGAAGGAGGCUGCCUCACGGACUAUUGGAGUGGAUCACCUUCGGCCAAUUAAAAUCUCUGGGCGAAUAACUUGGUCCGACAGCUGAACAUCAGCCUUAUUCAGCUAACUACCCAAUCUCUCACUUACGAAUUAAUUUCAAAUAGCAUUUUUAGGAAUGUUUGUUAUCUUCAUUAUUUAAUAGGGGUUAAAAAUAUCCCGAAUUAAAUAAUGACUGAGUGAAGCUCUGGUGAUGACUUUACCGUCAUUUAGAUAAAUGACUGGAUUUAGUAAGGCCUAUCGGCCUAUCCCGAUCGGCUCAAAUUAGC